CCUUUGGUUGCCAGGAAGUAAACUAGUGUGUGUGUAUGUGCCAAGCUGGAAAAUGAAAGCACAAAACAUCUUCAAGCAAAAAUAAUCGAACGAAAUAAUCGCGCUUUUGAACUCUAUUUUCAAGGUAGCUAAAUCGUAUUCUUUCUCGUUUCUAGCAUCUGAUAAGCAGUUUGAUAGCUAAGCAGUUUGAUAGCUAACGGUAGCUAGCUAGCUAGCUACUAGUAACUUAGCUAGCUAACGUUAGCAGCCCGCUUUAGCGUGCUUAUUUUUUUUUAGAACGAAGUUGAUUGUCGUCGCAUGUCCACCAUUGACUUGUUUUGUUGUUUGAUUGACUAGCUUCAAAGAUCAACUAACUCUAAAUACCUUGCUAAUCAAACGUUUUAGCUACUGUAGUUAGCUUAGCUAGCUAGGUACAGUAACAUCUUGACGUUGACGUUUCUUCUUCCAAACAGGGUGGUUGCUUCAUUGUUUAUACUCCUAAGAUAAGCUAGUUAGCUAGUAGCUAAUGUUAGCUACCUAGCUAGCAAGUGCUCCACAUUUCUCAACUAGAAUAGGUUUCGAUACUUGGAUGACAUAUUUGCUGCCACCGAUCUAAGAAGUGUGUUUGCAUCUCUAAUGUUCAUGAUUUGAUCAAAAGUUAUAGCUAGAAAACUGGAACGUACCAGCUUUGGACAUGGAGAAGCAUGGAAGAAGUCAACCAUGGGGGAAGUUAGUAAAGGUGGACACUGAAUCUGAAGUAUUGCUUGUCAACAGGGAAUGCACUGUCGGGCGAAGAAAAGGUAAAAUUACUAUCCCACACAGUGAGAUUAAGUCACUUCACCAUAUUGUAGGCUAAUUUCUGAAAGAUAUAGAAAGUUCUGUGGUAGGACACUUAACUGUUAUCUAUACAUUAUGUAAAUAUUUAAUGAGCUACUAAAAUACAUGUUCUAAAUAUUAAUGAUUAUUGCUCCCACAAUAAUAGUAAUGUGUAAAAUAUAUUCUAUAAGACAUGACACUUAUUUGAAAAAAAGUGUUUUGAACACUUUUAACUAAAUAUAAUGAAUGUUGCUUGUUUUUGAGGAUCUGGUUUAUAAAUGUCUUGAUGUUUGUGACAAAAGAUACCAUGUCAUAGACAUUACAUUUACAUUUUAGUCAUUUAGCAGACGCUCUUAUCCAGAGCGACUUACAGUUAAUGGGAAUCAAACCCACAACCCUGGCAUUGCAAACGCCAUGCACUACCAACUGAGCUACAUCCCUGCCGGCCAUUCCCUCCCCUACCCUGGACGACGCUGGGCCAAUUGUGCGCCGCCCCAUGGGUCUCCCGGUCGCGGCCGGCUACGACAGAGCCUGGAUUCGAACCAGGAUCUCUAGUGGCACAGCUAGCACUGCGAUGCAGUGCCUUAGACCACUGCGCCACUCGGGAGUACAGUGUGUGCCAGGCAGUGUCUGGGCUCUUUAAUAAAACCAGUUCAUUCAAGGCACAGUGCCCUAUGUCACUAAACGUAAACAGCCCCUCUGAUGAUAACAAAGGUGUCUAUUGAGAACAUGUGUGCAGAAUAGUACGUUUUUUUGUAUGGAUUUUGCUCAAGGAAAGGUUUAGUCUCUAUUAUAUUGAAUUCCAGGAGUCUGCUUUCCAAUACAAAGUGUCUGAGUUUAAUAAGCUAGUAUGCUAUGCAGGACCCACAAUAUGGUAUAAAAGAAGAAGAGAAGAAUGUAUCAACAAUAAAUCUGCAUAAUUGUACAAUCUCAGUCUGGUAAUUCGGAGCCCACUCGUGAAAGUAUCAACUGCCCAUUGCCUAAAGCCAUGUUUUCCUGGUAUUUUAAAAUGGAUAAUGAAUAGGUCCUAAUUGGCCUUGUUUACAGUAACAUGACGUAAACAAAGUAAUGCUUUUUACACAUGAUAUAGCACAACAGCUCCAUAAGUAGCCUAACAUUUGAGAACAUCUAGCUUAUUCAAAUCAUGUUGAAAAUAGUAAUCUUAGACUAUGUUGUGAUUUUCUGUGCAUUUUAUUAACCAUCAUUUUCUUUCACCAGGCUGUGAUCUUUCCUUUCCUGCUAGCAAACUGGUCUCAGGGGAUCACUGUAAGAUAGUCCAGGAUGAGAGCUCAGGGUUGGUGUGGCUAGAGGACAUGAGGUAUGAGGAGGGUGUCUUGUCAAUAGGUUUUUCUUUGGGGUUUUUUCUUCUAAGUCCUGUAUAGCCUAUAGGCUCAAUGUAGGUCCAUUUUCAAGGAUCAACUGAUCAAUUAUGUAUGUUUAACAAUGUGAUAACAUGGUAAUGUAAUGCAUUUGACAUCUGUUAGCCUAAUUAAGCUAAAUAGAUUUGAACCUGCGUCUAUGUUAGGUUUUAUUAUAAUAGAAAAAUAUGUUAUGCAGAUUGUCCUGUUUGUUGUGACUGAUCAGUGGAUUUAAUGGUGGAUUGAACAGAUCUUUGCCUGCACAUCACAGUGCAGUCUAAUUGUCAGUGUAAAGCAACCAGCUUGCAGGCAAUGAGGCAAAUGGCACUAACCAGUAAUUAGAGGUUAUGUUUUACCAUGCUCUGAGUCAGCAAGGUCUUCUCUACACACAUUACUCUAGUGUACACACACAGACACACACCCACUGCAUUAUGCUAAGCCUCAUUGAGCACAGUGGUAACUCUGUUUUGCUCCUGAAUAUUGUGGAAACCUCUGCAAUAGAAAAGUUGAAUGCGACAGUUUAGUUACUCAAUAGUGUAGGAUACAAUUCCAUCCCUAUACAUCCCAUGAAGAGAAGCUACUAUUUAAUCAAUGCCCUGUUCAUUGCUGCUAUAAUAAUAACUGCAUCCCUAGUCUGGGAUUUCUUCCAAGGCUGCUGAUAAAUCCACUACAGAAAUGACUGAUUAGUGUUUUUGUUUUGUUUUUCACCCCUCUAGCACCAAUGGUACAGUGAUUAACAUGUCCAAGCUGGUGAAAAAGCAGAUUCAUAUGCUGCAGAAUGGAGAUGUCAUCUACUUUGUGUACAGGAAAAACGAGCCAGAGCAAAGUAUGUUCUUUCCUAUAUUGAUUAGGGUGUUUCACUCUGUGGUCGCUUUGUUGCUACACGAUAAUGUUGGUUUCUCUGUUUUACAUUGGUUAUAUCUCCUUAAGAUAAUAUAACUUCAACAAAUUGGUUAAAUAAACACAGAGCAUAGGGCACGGUUGCCAGCUUAAUAUAGGCCUACUUCAUUUUAUUGUGAGUGUUGUGUAAGUUAAAAAAACGAACCGCUGUAGAAAGAAUAUAACGCUUUUCUUAGUUUCUUCAGAAAGUGUUUAUAAAUCAGUAGUUCAUAGUGCAUACAGGUCUUUUAGGCCACUUGUUUUCUUGUGUACCUUCCACUGCUGCCACCUUGGUUAUAUAAUACAUACACAAUUAACUUCUGUAAACUGAGUUGUUCAAGAAUGAGUUUAGCUGACCAAAAUAAGAGUAAUAUGUUCCCUUUUUUGGGAUAUUUAAUGAAUUGUUCACAAAAGUUUGCCUCAACAACUGAGUAAAGUAUAAGAAUGGUGUGCAAUCUCUUGCUCCUACAGACAUUGCCUACAUAUAUCAGUCCAUAAAAGCAGAGAGGACAUUCUCACAAGACUCAAUUGGUAAGUAGUAAAUACCCAAAUCAAUGUGAUGUUUGAUGGCGACCUUAUAUUUUUCAUGAAAAACAUUUGCAGGCUGAUUUCAUUAGCUUGUUUGUUGCUUACCACCCAUUCUCAUCCUGUCAGGCGGUGCCACCAAAUGCUCAGAUAUGCAGCAGAAAGCCCAGCCCUGCCCUGUUCCAGCAGCAGUGUCUGUGGAGCCAUUCCUGGUUGGACCUCCACGGGAGCAGCAGGCUUUAGAGGAGCCCCAGCCCUCAACCUCCUCCUCCCACCUCCUCCACACGUUCUCCCCCUCCACAGAAUGUUCCUCUGCAGCCUCCCUCCUGCACUCCUCUGCCUCAGGUAGGCUUUCCAUCUGGCCUGCGCUUGCUCUAUAUGGUCCUCAUUGAGGGGAAGCAGGGAGGCUUCUAUGUAAAUCUAUGUUUUAGGUAACUGUGAAGCAUGCCGCCCUCCCCCCUCAAAUUAUUCAACCGGUAUAGCAUGUCUCCCUUAAAUUGUGCCAGCUUUGUUCACUCUCUUUACCUCUUUCAAAAUCCUUUAAUUCAAGGACAGCUCUGGCCAACUGAUAAUAUGAUAGACUUGAUCAGAUAUGAUCAGACUUUUAUGAUCACUACUACUUGUAAAUCUCCUGAUAUUGAAGGACAGGCACAGGUAACUGAAUUUGCAUCAAUCUCAUGGGCUUUUAAUUCUUUGUCUCUCAGGUUCUGAGGGUCUUGAAUGUGCUGCGUCCUCUGUAGGCAAGGCUGAGGAGCCCAACUCUUACCUCCUCUGCUCAACAAAUGCACGACAGACUGAAGCCCAGAGCAGAGUCACAAUGCUGGAUAAGGAAGAGGUGGACAUGGAGCCAGAGAGAAAGAAGAGGAAAACUGACAGUGCUGGUCAGUGUCAUUACAUUGUAGGGUCUUGAUACUUGGUUGGUGACACUUGAUUGUAACAGUUUUUCCCUGUUCCUUCUCUAGAUAAGAACUAUGAUUUUGGACUGCCACAUACUUCCAGUAUUGAGGUGGUGGGCCCGGGCCCAGCUAAGGGAACUCUUAUCAGGGAUCUGUUGGGAAAAGCUGCUGUGACUGUGGAAGGAGCCAAGACUGACAAAAUGGAGGAGUCGCUCACCUGUAUCAUCUGUCAGGACCUACUUCAUGACUGUGUCAGGUACAGCAAGACUCUACCUAUUACUACAUUAGAAAAUAGGCCCACUCCACUUUUUCAUUACUUGUGGCUUUUCGCAGCAGAUGAAAAAUAAAGGUUUCAAUAAAUAUAAUAUAUAGUCAUAUAAACAAAACACAAAAUGUUAUAAUUCCUAGUAAUUCCAUUAUAUAUGACAGAAAGCUGCCGCUACUGCGUGUUUCAUUGUUCAUGUUAUCAUCUCCCUGUGUCUCCCAACUAGCCUGCAGCCCUGUAUGCACACCUUCUGUGCUGCGUGUUACUCUGGCUGGAUGGAGCGUUCGUCUCUCUGCCCCACCUGUCGCUGCCCUGUAGAGAGGAUCCGCAAGAAUCACAUCCUCAACAACCUGGUGGAGGCCUACCUUAUCCAACACCCAGGUUUGUGUCCAAUCUGCCCUACUCUACCCUUGUACCUCCAUUAACAGUACUGGGGAUAGUCACCAGCUCUUCCCCCUGUUAAACACGGCAUUUGUGCAUCUUGUCUUGUGUUUCUCCUUGUCUUUUGUGCCUUUUCCCAAAUAUCUGUACAGGGCUAGCCUAUAAAAUAUGUGGGCCUUUGUUUGUACCAUCUCUUUUUGUGUGUGGAUAAAGCAUUGAAAUAUUGACCCUGUGUGUCCACAGAGAAGUGUCGCAGUGAGGAGGACCUGAAGAGCAUGGACAGCCACAACAAGAUAACCCGGGACAUGCUGCAGCCAAAGAUUGAGCGUUCCUUCUCUGAUGAAGAGGGCAGCUCUGAUUAUCUCUUUGAGCUCUCUGACAACGACAGUGACACCUCUGAUAUCAGGUCAGAUAAAAGGGUAGCUGUGUGUAUGCGUGAAAGUGUUUGUGGUCUUGUGUGUAUGUCACCAAGAGUGUGUGACCGCGUUGUUGUGUGUUUUUCUCCCUCUGAAACCUUUUCUCCUUGUUCCUGUUGUUGUGUGUCCACAGCCAACCCUUUGUGAUGUGCAGACAGUGUCCAGGCUACAGGAAGGAGGUCAGCCAGGUACUGUGGGCCACAGGGCCAGCUCCUCUAGGACCAGCCCCACCAACUCCUGAGGACAGGGCUGGGAAACCCCCUGGAGAGGGGCCAUCAACAUGCUCUGACCUCCCAACUACAGGUACUGAACUAUGUGCCGAACUGGUGAUCAUGACAAUAAUGGAUUACAUUUAUAUAAUGCUUUUAUAUCUGAUAUGUAAUAAUUCUACAUUGUAUUGGUUGAUGUAGUGACAACAUAAUGGAGUGCACUUACAGAUCAAAUUAUCUAUCAAUAUGUUGCACUCGCCUGAACACAGAAAUGUGUUAGAAUUCUUGUAGUGCAUCUGACCAUCUGCAGUACAGUGUGCACCCUUCAGGGCCUUGACCCAGAAGAUAUGUAUCCUAUUGAGAUGUCUCCCUCUGUGUCCUGUCUUCCUCCUGCAGCUCCUCCGGAGUACACGUGCCGCCCUCGGGGCAGCCAUGUCAUCUGCACCUGCUGCCUGCAGCCCAUGCCAGACCGCCGCGCCGAGCUCAUUGGCCAGCAACUCUCCGCUCAGCAAUGUGUGUGGCCCACACGCCUGUCAGUCAAUGUUAAUGGACCAACUGCACGGUUGCUUUGGCUGAAUAUGCUGAUGGAUGUGGUUCUUUGUGUUGGGCAGGUGUGACGUGCCAACAGCCCUUUUGCCACAUGUACUGGGGCUGCCAGAGGAUCGGCUGUCAGGGCUGUCUAGCACAUUUCAAUGGUUUGUCUCUGAUCUAGUACUCCUAAUGGCUAGAUUUACUAAGCACUGGUUCAAAGUUUGUCCCUGAUAUAUUCAAAGGUAAAUAAAGAAUACAAGGUUGAACAAAAUGGUAAUUUAAGGUUCGUGAUUUUGGCAGUCCAAUGAACUCAUGGAUAAAAAAUGUAUGUCUCUGCAUCCAGUAUGAAGGAAGUUAAAGGUAGUUUCGUUAGCCAACGCUAACUAGCACUAGCUUAGCAUUGGCUCACGAAACUACCUCGAACUUCCUUCAUACUGGACGCAGACAUAACAUUUUUAUCCACAAGUUCAUUGCCAAUAUCCCAAACUAUCCCUUUGAGAAUUAGUAUCAAGUUGUAGUACUUGAUACCAAGUUUGUGGAUAGUUCUUUAAUUGACCUUAGAAAAGAACAGGUACAAACUUCACACUGGGCUGUGAUGCUUAGUUAACAAGACCUUUUGGGUGAUAUCCGAGGUAACACUAUCAUUGUGGAAAGUUUAUUGACAGUAGUGGUUGCAAAUGGAAAUUUACCAAGAUACAUUUCCUAUAUUAUCCCGAUGUCUUACUCAUCAUUUGUUACCGUAUCACAUUGCAGUAGCAUGUUUACCAGUAUGAGAAAUAUAAUAUCCAUGUCUUCUUCCACAGAACUCAACCUUACAGACAAAUGUCUGGACGGUGUUCUGAACAGCAAUAACUAUGAAUCAGAGAUCCUCCAGGUACUUCCUUUUUAUACUCCUCGGCUCUAACCAUUGGUCUGUCUGUACACCCAGAAACAGCAUCUACACAGAUUAAUCUUAGUCCUGGACUAAAACACAUUCAAUGACAUUCUCCAUUGACCAUGCUUUUUAGUCCAGGACUAGUCUUAAUCUGUGUCUGGGAAACCGGCCCCUGGUUACAUAACCCAGUUUAAGUGAAUGUAUUUCCUUUGCAUUUGUUUAUAAUUUCUCUACUAUGGAGAUCAAUAAAGUCUAAUAUUAUAAUCUAUAACCUGUCAUCCCUUCUGCUUGCAGAAUUACUUGGCAGCCAGAGGGAUGUCGUGGAGGGACAUGCUACAGGAGGGUCUUCGGGGCCUGCAACAGGGAACCUUCUAUCUCUCUGGUCAGUCUGACACUAUCCUUUUCACCUCACAUAAAACUUGAGAUUGGAAGCAUUCGUGGUUGUCUUUUUUGCAGUUGCACUGCACAUCUCUCAGAAAUUUGCUACAUCAUAAUAAAGUGUUUCUGAGCCACAUCUGCAGAUGUUAUGAGAUAUGAUAAUCAACACAACUGCAAAAACGAUAAACUGGAACGCCACCAUUAAGCUUCCCAUCUUGAACAUGGUUCUAAGUCCUACUGACAGUGCAGAGCAUCCUUCCACCUCACUUUGGAACACACUAGUAACUCUCACUCUCCACUUUUUCUAUCCCAGAUUAUCGCAUCAACAGUAACGCCAUAAUGUGUUUCUGCUGCGGCCUGCGUGCCUUCAAGGAGCUGGCCUACAAAUACAGACAGAACAUCCCUGCCUCGGAGCUUCCAGGUGAGAGAGAGCACUGCCCACAACGACACAGCCUCUAACGGCAGUAGACUGGGAGAUGGCAAUGAACUAGCAUGUCCGAAUUAGGAAUUAAGCUUGAUUUGUUUAAUAUUCUUUCCCACAGCUGCUGUGACGUCUCGGCCUGACUGUUAUUGGGGACGCAACUGCCGUACUCAAGUAAAGGCACACCACGCCACGUAAGUUACAUGUGGCCAUUAUCUUCUGAAUAGGUCUCCACAGUCCAAGCUUAAAUAUAUACAUAUACAUACAGUCAGUGGGGAAAAAAAGUAUUUAGUCAGCCACCAAUUGUGCAAGUUCUCCCACUUAAAAAGAUGAGAGGCCUGUAAUUUUCAUCAUGGGUACACGUCAACUAUGACAGACAAAUUGAGCAUUUUUUUUCUUCAGAAAAUCACAUUGUAGGAUUUUUAAUGAAUUGAUUAGCAAAUUAUGGUGGAAAAUAAGUAUUUGGUCACCUACAAACAAGCAAGAUUUCUGGCUCUCACAGACCUGUAACUUCUUCUUUAAGAGGCUCCUCUGUCCUCCACUCGUUACCUGUAUUAAUGGCACAUGUUUGAACUUGUUAUCAGUAUAAAAGACACCUGUCCACAACCUCAAACAGUCACACUCCAAACUCUACUAUGGCCAAGACCAAAGAGCUGUCAAAGGACACCAGAAACAAAAUUGUAGACCUGCACCAGGCUGUGAAGACUGAAUCUGCAAUAGGUAAGCAGCUUGGUUUGAAGAAAUCAACUGUGGGAGCAAUUAUUAGGAAAUGGAAGACAUACAAGACCACUGAUAAUCUCCCUCGAUCUGGGGCUCCACGCAAGAUCUCACCCCGUGGGGUCAAAAUGAUCACAAGAACGGUGAGCAAAAAUCCCAGAACCACACGGGGGGACCUAGUGAAUGACCUGCAGAGAGCUGGGACCAAAGUAACAAAGCCUACCAUCAGUAACACACUACGCCGCCAGGGACUCAAAUCCUGCAGUGCCAGACGUGUCCCCCUGCUUAAGCCAGUACAUGUCCAGGCCCGUCUGAAGUUUGCUAGAGUGCAUUUGGAUGAUCCAGAAGAGGAUUGGGAGAAUGUCAUAUGGUCAGAUGAAACCAAAAUAGAACUUUUUGGUAAAAACUCAACUCGCCGUGUUUGGAGGACAAAGAAUGCUGAGUUGCAUCCAAAGAACACCAUACCUACUGUGAAGCAUGGGGGUGGAAACAUCAUGCUUUGGGGCUGUUUUUCUGCAAAGGGACCAGGACGACUGAUCCGUGUAAAGGAAAGAAUGAAUGGGGCCAUGUAUCGUGAGAUUUUGAGUGAAAACCUCCUUCCAUCAGCAAGGGCAUUGAAGAUGAAACGUGGCUGUGUCUUUCAGCAUGACAAUGAUCCCAAACACACCGCCCAGGCAACGAAGGAGUGGCUUCGUAAGAAGCAUUUCAAGGUCCUGGAGUGGCCUAGCCAGUCUCCAGAUCUCAACCCCAUAGAAAAUCUUUGGAGGGAGUUGAAAGUCUGUGUUGCCCAGCGACAGCCCCAAAACAUCACUGCUCUAGAGGAGAUCUGCAUGGAGUAAUGGGCCAAAAUACCAGCAACAGUGUGUGAAAACUGUUGUGUCAUUGCCAACAAAGGGUAUAUAACAAAGUAUUGAGAAACUUUUGUUAUUGACCAAAUACUUAUUUUCCACCAUAAUUUGCAAAUAAAUUCAUAAAAAAUCCUACAAUGUGAUUUUCUGGAUUUUCUUUUCUCAUUUUGUCUGUCAUAGUUGAUGUGUACCUAUGAUGAAAAUUACAGGCCUCUCUCAUCUUUUUAAGUGGGAGAACUUGCACAAUUGGUGGCUGACUAAAUACUUUUUUCCCCCACUGUACAUACAAAAGCCAGCACAAUAACUGCUCGUCAGGAACUUAAUGAAAUGGGUUUCCAUGGCUGAGCAGCCGCACACAAGCCUAAGAUCACCAUGCGCAAUGCCAAGCGUCGGCUGGAGUAGUGUAAAGCUCACCGCCAUUGGACUGGAGCAGUGGAAACGCGUUCUCUGGAGUGAUGAAUCAUGCUUCACCAUCUGGCAGACGGACGAAUGAAUCUGGGUUUGGCGGAUGCCAGGAGAAUGCAACCUGCCCCAAUGCAUAGUGCCAACUGUAAAGUUUGGUGGAGGAGGAAUAAUGGUCUAGGGCGGUUUUUCAUGGUUCGGCCUAGUCCCCUUAGUUCCAGUGAAGGGACAUCUUAACGUACAGCAUACUAUGACAUUCUAGACGAUUCUGUGCUUCCAACUUUGUGGCAACAGAUUGGGGAAGGCCCUUUCCUGUUUCAGCAUGACAAUGCUCCCGUGCACAAAGCGAGGUCCAUACAGAAAUGGUUUGACGAGACCGGUGUGGAAGAACUUGACUGGCCUGCACAGAGCCCUGACCUCAACCCCAUCGAACACCUUUGGGAUGAAUUGGAACGCCGACUGCGAGCAAGGCCUAAUCGCCCAACAUCAGUGCCCGACCUCACUAAUGCUCUUGAGGCUGAAUGGAAGCAAAUCCCCGCAGCAAUGUUCCAACAUCUAGUGGAAAGCCUUCCCAGAAGAGUGGAGGCUGUUAUAGCAGCAAAUGUGGGACCAAUUCCAUAUUGAUGCCCAUGAUUUUGGAAUGAAAUGUUUGGCGAGCAGGUGUCCACAUACCUUUGGUCAUGACAUAGUUUUAUGUAUGUAGUGUCUGUAUAGUUGUGUGGUCACUGUUGGAGGCUUCAGUGUGGCUGUACAUGCAUUCUACCAGCAGAGGACACUGUUGUAUCAGCUUGGCCAAUCACACCUGCUAGUAGAGGAAAGCUGCAAUCACUCCUUCACACGUCACAGCUCCUCACACAGCAGCUCUGGUUCAUGAUGUGACACAUUUGUAUUGUUUCCUUUUCACCUUGUUGCAGGAAAUUCAACCACAUAUGUGAGCAGACCCGUUUCAAGAGCUGAAGAGCCUCGUGGGUGACCUGCUAUGCAAGGCUCCUAUCCAAUCACUGAAGCGAAGACUGACUUCCAAUGAUCUCCUGUAUUACUGUCUGUCUCUAUACAAAGGGAUCGUCGUCGUCCCCCCCUCCCCCCUUUAUUAAGAAGCUUCUUGCCCUGAGGAAAGGUAUCUCUCUUAGGUAAUAAUUUCUAGUUCUCUCACAGGCUCUAUAGACUUUACGUAUUUGAUUAUAUGCAGAAAUUACAAUCAAACUCUUUUGAGAAGACUGGCUAGGUCAUGAUUAGCCUAGUGUUAUAGGUAUAGUAGGAGUGAGUGGGAUAAUGCUAUGGUCAGUAGGACCUGAUUCCCCUAUAUGAUGAUCAUAGACUAAUAUCUUAUGAGGAAUAUGGUCAUCACCCUUUAUUACAUUAUCAUGUCCUUUUGGGUACCUGAUCAUAUGACUAGUUUGGUGAGGGAUAAAAAAAAAUACACCUACUGAGAACAGUUGGCAAUCAAAAUGGACAUUGGCCAUACAUGUACUGUUAUACACAGGAUGAAAUGGCAUCUUUUGUGACGGUAGCUUAUAAGGCACAUAUUGAUAUUAGUAAGCUGUUGAUACCUUUUCUAUUUCCGUGCCUGAGUAGUUAGCACAAAAAAAAGAAAAGGAUCAAUUGAUUUUGUUUUUCUCUUAACUUGUGGUGUAGUGCUUUAGAUAUCUUGGAGAAUUAUGUAUUUGAAUUAGAAUCUAGAGCUUCCUACUUUUUCUGUGAAAAUACUGCAGCGAACUGUGUUCUAAACAUCUAAAUAGUAUUCAUAUGUUGGAACCUUCCCCCAAACAAACUAGGUUGAAUCACAGCUAUGUUGUUUAAAGACUUCUAUGCAUAUACAGACUUUGAGGUUUCUUGUGAUUUAUAUGGAUGACAAAGAUAUUCAGUGGGACCAUUUUGAAUUCAGACAGUUGCUGCUUCCACAUAUUAAUAAGACUUCUAACUGGAAAGACAAUGCAAUCUGUAUUUAUUGGAAAGGGGAGGUUAUACGUAGUUUUGUGAAAAGGGGAUUUCUGCUGGGUUUCUUUGUGGAUUUCCUGACAAGGGCUAAAAGCCAUGUACAAGCUGAGCAUUAUAGGGCUGAGCGAGAAUCCAUGGAUAGUUAGUUGUACAGGAUUUCAGUUCUUCAGGCAGGGAUAAUAAGGGGUAAGGGUUGAAAUGUUUUAUCUGAGGCUGGGAAAGGCGGGGGUGUAGAGUUAUAUGCUUUGCCUGGGAUAAUCAACGUAAAGCUGAUUUUAAAGUAGUGUAUUAGAGAA